GCAGAGACUUUCUCGCGCACAGGAGUGACAGGAGACAAGACAACACCGACGCUAAAGCGGAGAUACGGAACGGAAGGCAUAACUAUUGCGCACCACCGGAUUGAUAGGGAGAAAGUGGGGAUACUAACCGCUCGAGGUGGGAAGGGUGUGGAAAAGUUCGCUGUGCGCGCGCCAUCAAGAUAAUUUGAUGAAUGAAGGAUUAAAGAUUCCAGAUGAAGGAAGAGGUUUAUGAAUACAUUGUAGAGAUUUACUGUUUCUAUCACCAUGGGGUUCUGUCACACAAUUUUGCCAAUGUGAGAGAAUUCAAUUACCUCUGUAUGCAUUGACUAUUUGCCUACCCAUGAAUAAGCUGUUGUUCCAAGUUUAAUAAUAAGAAUUUGCUAAAAUAUCAUAUUUUGGGGGUUCUAAUAAUUUAUUAUCAUUAUAAAAUAUAAUGAUAAAUUACAAUUAAAUAUGCUAUGAUUCCAUUUCAAAUCAAAGUAGAAGAAGACAACAUUCUUCUUUAAGAAGAUUAGUUAUCCUGAAAAAUAACAAAUUACUUUUGUGCAUUCACUGACUGGAAGGACAUACAACUUAAACUCAAUGCAAGUCGUCAUUGAAAGGACAAGGACCAUGCAGGACACAUUGUCCCUGACGUUAAAGGAUGAAGUGAGGACGGUGGAAGAUACUGUGGCCCCUAGAAACUCUUCUUCACAAGGGGAUGGCAGGGACACAGAGAGGCAUCCUUACCCGUUGGUGGUCACUCUGCUGGCAACAGUCCUGAUCGUAACUAUUGUGGUAGACAUUCUGGGGAACCUGUUGGUCAUCUUGUCUGUCUUCAGGAACAGGAAACUCAGGAAAGCAGGAAAUGCCUUUGUGGUGAGUUUGGCUCUGGCCGACCUGGUGGUGGCGAUCUACCCUUACCCUCUGGUUCUGACAGCCAUCUUUCACAACAACUGGAUCGCCGGGUACACCCACUGCCAGAUCAGCGGCUUCCUGAUGGGCCUGAGCGUCAUCGGCUCCAUCUUCAACAUCACCGGCAUCGCCAUCAACCGCUACUGUUACAUCUGUCACAAUCUGAAGUACGACAAGCUCUUCUCCAACCAGAACACCAUGUGUUACGUCAUCCUGGUGUGGGCGCUGACUGUGCUGGCCAUCGUGCCCAACUGGUUUGUGGAGUCUCUGCAGUACGACCCGAGGGUCUACUCGUGUACCUUCGCCCAGUCGGUUAGUUCCUUGUACACCAUCACCGUGGUCGUGGUUCACUUCAUCCUCCCCAUCAGUAUUGUCACGUACUGCUACCUGAGGAUCUGGAUCUUGGUCUUACAGGUGAGGAGACGGGUGAAACCGGACACGAGGCCCAAGAUCAAACCACACGACUUCCGUAUCUUCCUGACUAUGUUUGUGGUGUUUGUGUUGUUCGCUGUCUGCUGGGCUCCGCUGAACUUCAUCGGGCUGGCGGUGGCUAUCAACCCCAGACUGGGUGUGAAUAUCCCUGAGUGGCUCUUCACAGCCAGCUACUUCAUGGCCUAUUUCAACAGCUGCCUCAACGCAGUCAUCUACGGAGUGCUCAACCACAACUUCAGGAAGGAGUACAAAAGGAUAGUUCUAAUCAUUUUCAAGUUCCACUGCAGAGGGUUCGCUAGGGCUUCGGAACAGCACUGCUGAGGGUUCCAGAGGGUUCUGGAACAGAACUGCUUAGGGUUCCAGAGGGUUCUGGGACAGAACUGCUUAGGUUUCCGUAGGGUUCUGGAACAGCACUGCUGAGGGUUCUGGAACAGCACUGCUGAGGAUUCCAGAGGGUUCUGGAACAGAACUGCUUAGGGUUCCAGAGGGUUCUGGAACAGAACUGCUUAGGGUUCCGUAGGGUUCUGGAACAGCACUGCUGAGGAUCCUGGAGGGUUCUGGAACAGAACUGCUUAGGGUUCCGUAGGGUUCUGGAACAACACUGCUGAGGGUUCUGUAGGGUUCUGGAACAGCACUGCUUAGGGUUCCAGAGGGUUCUGGAACAGCACUGUUGAGGGUUCCAUUGGGUUCUGGAACAGCACUGCUGAGGGUUCCAUUGGGUUCUGGAACAGCACUGCUUGGGUUCCAGAGGGUUCUGGAACAGAACUGCUUAGGGUUCCAGAGGGUCCUGGAAAAGUACUGCUGAGGGUUCUGGAGGGUUCUGGAACAGCACUGCUGAGGGUUCCAGAGGGUUCUGGAACAGAACUGUUUAGGGUUCCAGAGGGUUCUGGAACAGAACUGCUUAGGGUUCCAGAGGGUUCUGGAACAGAACUGUUUAGGGUUCCAGAGGGUUCUGGAACAGAACUGCUUAGGGUUCCAUAGGGUUCUGGAACAGAACUGCUUAGGGUUCCAGAAGGUUCUGGGACAGAACUGCUUAGGGUUCCGUAGGGUCCUGGAACAGCACUGCUGAGGAUCCUGGAGGGUUCUGGAACAGAACUGCUUAGGGUUCCGUAGGGUUCUGGAACAGCACUGCUGAGGGUUCUGGAGGGUUCUGGAACAGCACUGCUGAGGAUUCCAGAGGGUUCUGGAACAGAACUGCUGAGGGUUCUGGAGGGUUCUGGAACAGCACUGCUGAGGAUUCCAGAGGGUUCUGGAACAGAACUGCUUAGGGUUCCAGAGGGUUCUGGAACAGAACUGCUUAGGGUUCCGUAGGGUUCUGGAACAGCACCGCUGAGGAUCCUUGAG